ACAACAACUCCUUCUAGUUCGAGCCAUCGGCCCUGCUACAUGUUGAUGCUUUUGUUUUUACAUCACAUCGACAUGAACGAAAUGCGCUGAGGAAAUGAAAGUAUCUGCCAAAGAAUAACCCAUGCAGCAGCUCCAAAUGCUGCCCAAGCCCGAACCCUCCCUCCGUAGAAGAAAGAGGAUGUGUAGUUGGGCGGAUUCUACUCCUGCAAUCAGAGCUGAUCGUCCUGCUGAAAUAAAUCGUUCAUGUGAGGAUUUGGAUUGUCGCAAUAAACGAAAAAUUAACUCGAAGCAAGGAAGCGACCGUAAACAGCAGCACCCCUCUUUUGCACGAGACCAUAAUUCUUGCAGCGCGGCUGAAAUAUUGAUUCCUGCCGAGGAAAUAACGACUAGCAGUGGCAUGACAAGCGACGGGGCCAGUGGCUGCCCGCCAUACGACCCUUCAGGGUCGUCUACUUCGGCCUCAAGCCGUGUAGUUCCAGCAACGGCGAGCCGGCCCAAGAGGGGAACUUCUAGUAAGCGAAGUGGUGAUUUUUAUGCCAGGAACAAGAGACAGCGGCGAGCAGCACGCGAUGCGCAACUGCAGGCAGAAAACGAUCUUGAUGCAUUAGGGCAAAAAGUUUCGCAGCUGCUGGCGCAACUAUGCGCAACAUGUCGGGACCUCAGCCGAAAGACCACCCGCACGCUCGGGCGAUGGCAUCAACAUCAUUUUGCCGACCGCACGACAGAAAGAAACACGUCGAUAGCUUGUUGCGCCAGAAGGAACAGGAGCUGUAUAAUUUUGAAAAACCAGCAGGCGCAGGCCCGCCCCGCCAAGAAUUUCUACGCCGGAAAAAGCAAGAGCUUUCCCAGACACAAAGUUUUCGGGAGUAUCUGUGUCACCCUGGCAUCCACAUCUUUGCUGCUGAAAGCCGCUUGGGUGCUUCAUUCCCUUCUUCUACACGGCACGUUUCCAAGGGUGGUCCUGGCGCAACAAGAAUCGCAGAUGCAACAAGGGAACUCCGCCGGCGCGAGCAAUGCUCCCUUGGGCAACAUGAAUCUGCUCCAAAAUUCCCCCUGCCAGCAGGUCGCGCGUUGCAAAUUCGAGCAGGAACUGUUGCCGCAACUGCAAACGGUGGAUAAGCAGCUGUUCGAGGAGCAAAACGUGCAGCCCGCUCUGGAAACGCUCCUCCUCCUGGCCGAGAAAUUUUUCAAGGAACCGGGCGACGCCCUGGACUGCCGUUCCGGCGGGGCGCUGGUGUUUUACCGGCUCGCCGAGAUCUACCGACACAGCGUGAACGCCCCGCAACGGGCCCACAACCUGUACCAACUCGCGAUGAGCAUGUUCUGGGACAUGAGCCGCGAGCCCAACGGCCUGGAGUGUCUGGAAACGGGGCAGGUGUGGAGUUUGGAUUUUAACGCCUUCAUGGAGGCGUACUUGACUUUGGCCAAACAAGUGCACCGACACGAACCGGAGGGCUUACCCCCUGCGUUUGCGUACGACAAGAAUAAGAGCAAAAAGCGGAGGAUCGCGAUAACGUCGGUUUGUGCGUACGCAGAAUCGCACAUGCUGUACGAAUUGUAUCCGCUGGUGAAGCAAAACAGGGACCGAUACGCAAAACUGAACGGGUAUGAUUAUGUUGUAGCUUUACGCUAGUACUUCAAACUUGAGUUGUCGCAGCAACGGGAAUAGACACGGAUGCAGCUCCGACGUUGGUAGCUUGAUUUUGACAGCGUAGUCUAUUUCUAGGCCUCAAUAAUCACAAGGACAAGUGUUUAGCAUUACUUGUUCCUAAGUACUUAGAACCCAUAUGUUCCAUCUCUACUAUCCCAGGUACGACUCCCACCUCUGGAACACAACCUUUGACGCAAGCCGCGCCCCCGUUUGGUCCGCAGUCGGCCUGCCCCUCUCGCUUGUCCAGAAAAAAACCGACUACGAUUGGAUUUUGGCCGCCGACUGCGACAUGAUGUUCAUCAACAUGGACGUGAAAAUCGAGCAGAUCCUCGACGAGUAUGUGAACGAGGAGCAAGACCCGGACGCAAAAAACGUUCACGUGUUAAUUACCGAGGACGGGCGGGGACUUGCAGGUGGGAUCUUCCUCAUCCGGAAUUCGCCCGAGGGGAGGGCGAUCAUCGAGUCGGUGUACGGGAGUCAUCUGCCCGUGCCGAAUGUCUACGACCGGCAUGAUUUACGGGACCAGUGGUCGUUUCUGUGGCAUUUUAUCCGGCCGAAGGCGACGGAGGCGAUGAAACCCAUGGAGCUGGUUGUCGGUAUAUUGAUAUGUUGCUGCGUUUUCAUUUAGAUGUUCAGCAUGACAGGAAGCACAGUAAAUUGACAGUUGUGCAACACAAAUUGUCGGUCGUCAUCAACGUGUAAACCUACACGUAACUCAGGCUCCGGCACGCGGGAUUGGCGCAUGCUGGAAUAUCGGGACCAGGUUCGCCUCAUCCCCCAGAAGUAUCUCAAUGCCUACCCUUGGGCCAGCUGUCGGCCCAGCCACCAUUGUUUUGACGAUGAUAAGGACCUGGUGGUCAGCUUCAUCACGCUGGGUUCGUUUUCGAAGGAAAUGGCGUACGCCAUGUUGAACAAAUUCUUGGAGCAGAGUUUGCAAAGUUACGAGAAAAUUACGGGGAGCCGGGAGUUGUGAAGAAGCGAAUUGAUCAUGCGGCGCGGAUGCUGCGAGUGCGACGCACACGCGGGAUUGUUUUUUUUUGAAGUAGAUGGCAACAGUAAGAAAGUCUUAGGGAGAAAUACUUAAUAAAUCAAUCAUCAGACAACAGAAAUCAAGUGGAAUUGAGUGCAACUAUCUCAGAGAUGAAAAGAAGUGCGCCUGUGAAACACACUGGUAGCACACGAAUAUCAUUUUUGUUUUAACGCUUGCUAUGGCGUUGGCUAAUUUUUUUUCAUUGAAGUUGACCUAGUACAGAAGUAGG